AUGGACGCCGCGCACAACUUUUGCUUCCCGGUGCGAGUACUCACCAACGCGAGAGUGAAACUCACGCCGUUUCGGACCGACCGGCACGCCGCAAAAUACAUUGAAUCCACCCGUGAACACCCCGAGAUAUACGCCCACACCGUAUCGGGACCGUACAAGAGUGUGGAUGACUUUGUGUCCAGCUUUGUGGAGGGCGAGUCUCGGACCAGCCCGGGCAUGAUGACUUACGCCAUCAUCGACAAGACGCGGCCGCCAUCGACGGAGGACGAUGAGGGGGAGAUGGCGGGCAGAAUUUCGUUCGCCAAUACCACAGCAGCUCAUCUGUGCACCGAGAUUGGGUACAUUGUCAUCUUCCCCAAGUACCAGAGAACACAUGUGACGACGAACGCCGUGGGACUGAUGCUCCAGGAGGCCUUCAAGAGCCCCGAAGACGGUGGUUUCGGCAUCCGCAAGGUACUUUGGCAAGCGCACGCGCAUGUCGGGAAUAGAGGCUCGGUGCGCCUGGCCGAGCGAAUGGGCUUCCGCGAAGAGGGCAUCAGGCGAUGGCAUAGACUGUUUCCUCGGGGACGUCUUCAAGGUAAGAUUGGCAAUGGACGUCCCUUGCCGCCGGGCAGCGAUCCUGACGACAUCUGGCGGGACAGCGUCCUCUUGGGCCUCUGCUGGGACGAUUGGUUGGAGGAAGCCGCAAGCAAGGUUCAAGAGGCCAUGGAUCGGAAUCGCUGA